AUGCCUACCACCACCUCCUCCACUUCAUCGUCCGCCGCCGCCUCCUCCUCAGCCACUUCGUCGGCCGCCGUCUCCGCUUCCUCAUCGGUGGGGGCAGCCGGCGCCGCCAAGGGAGCCGUCUCCAAGAAAGGCUCGAAGAAGACAGCGAUGAAGAUGUCUCGCCGGGGGGCAGCGGGCGACCGGAGGCACCGCCGGAACCGCCGCCGGGAGAGCUACAGCCUCUACAUCUACAAAGUGUUGAAGCAGGUCCACCCAGACACCGGCAUCUCCUCCAAGGCCAUGAAUGUCAUAAACUCGUUCGUGGGUGAUAUCUUCGAGCGCCUGGCCGCCGAGGCCUCCCGCUUGGUUCACUACACCCGGCGACAGACCCUGUCCUCCCGGGAGAUCCAGAGCGCCGUCCGCCUGCUGCUGCCCGGGGAACUUGCCAAACACGCCGUGUCCGAGGGCACCAAAGCGGUCACCAAAUACACUAGCUCCAAGUAG